AUGCUGGGGACCCUACUGGUGUGCGUGGGUUUAGUCCCGCUCUUACGGUCUUACGGAGCACCAUCACCUACCACAAUUGUACAGCCGUUGUCUUUUAACGGAACCGUGGGGUUUGUACUGACAGUUGCAGUGGUGGUGGGCGGCGUGGUGUAUCCGUGGAGUUGCUUCUUGUUGCAGACGUGGAAUCCAUUUGCGUGGCUGUUCGACUUCCUCACCGAGUCGAGCAGUUCGUCACUACUAUCAAUACCGCCGCGAUUUGCACUAAUGGGAUACUGGGCCACAUGUCUGGUCGUUUUGCUCCCGUUGUUUGGUUUUAUUUCGAACCGCUUCGCUCUCCGCAAUAUUGUGACGCGAAAACUAUUUCACGUUUUGGUGGUAUUGAUGCUGGGACCGGCAUCACUUUUUGAUGCCUCUAUGCUGUCGCUGAGCUAUGGUGUAGCUCUUAGCGUCUUCUUUCUGUUGGAAUGCGUGCGUGCAUUGUCAUUGCCUCCAUUUGGUCGCUUAAUUGCUGAGUUCAUGAGAUCGUUCAUUGAUCAUCGCGAAGCUGGACGUGUCAUCUUGACCCAUUCGUAUCUGCUGCUUGGCUGCGCGUUACCGUUAUGGCUUGUGCCUUCUCCUGUCACUCCUUCUCCACUUGUAAUGAACGCUGGAGUUGUAGCACUGGGUGUUGGAGAUGCAAUGGGAGCCGUGGUGGGUUCGAGUAUCGGUAAACACAAAAUCUUUGGCAGCAAGACUGUAGAAGGAUCUGCUGCUGUAUUUUUUUCGAUGGCUUUCGCGUCGCUAUUCGUACAGAACUACCACGCAUCUGUCGCCCAUGGAGAGUUCACGCAGGCGUUUUUACUUAUAGCUGGUAUUUUCUUGACGACCGUCUUGGAAGCUGCUACGGCGCAGAUCGACAACUUAGUGCUGCCACUUUUCUUCUACACAGCAUGCAACCUGGUUGUUUGCCAUCGUGUAUGAGCCGAGUAAGCUAGUUAAAAUUGGUACGCAACACGUGUAGCUCCGAUGUCCAUAUAGGUGGCUUGCUCCUCCUUGCUUUUAAG